UACAAUCGUAUAUUUUUAUGAUGUUUUCUAUUUUGUACUAAAAUGUCAAAGUUUCAAGUGGUAAAGUGAAAUUUUCUCACAUAAAAUUGUUGUGGAGGUUAUGUAGUAGUUAAAUUUAAAAUACGUAUACUGAUUCUAACAUCGAUUAAAGAAGUCGUAUAAAACAGGUUAAUUUUCAUAUUCUUCACUUAUCAGUCGUCGGAUUUUAAUUGAAAAUGGAAAAUUUAAGGAUUUACAUCGCAACAUAUAAUGUAGGAACCAGUGGGCCAGAUCAAGACCUACGAGAUUUGCUCUCAUUAGUAGAUAUAAAAAAUGAAAAACUACCGGACUUCUUUAUUCUUGGCUUUCAAGAAGUUAAGGCUCAGCCCCAAAAUAUGCUCUUAGACUCUAUAUUCGAUGAUCCUUGGACCUACGCUUGUAAGGAAAUUUUACAAAAAGAUUAUAUUAAGCUGAAGUCUAUGCGUUUACAAGGCUUGCUUAUUGUUGUGUUUGCCUUAAGAAAACAUUUAUUAAAUGUAAGAGAAAUUGAAUCUGAGUAUACUAGAACGGGAUUAGCUGGGAUGUGGGGCAAUAAAGGUGCUGUCAGUAUUAGAUUAAGUAUUUAUGGAUGUUCAUUGUGCUUUGUAAAUUCCCAUCUUAGUGCCCAUGAUGGACAAUUGAAAGACCGUGUAGAAGAUUACAACAGUAUUAUUAAGGAUCAACAAUUCCAUGUGGAAGAAACAUCGAAGAUUUUCUACCACGAUUAUGUGUUUUGGAUGGGAGAUCUAAAUUUCAGAUUAGACGAGAAGUUUGAUAAAACUCCCGAUGAAAUAGAGAAGGCGAUAAUAAAAAAAGAUCACAAAAAGUUAUUUGAACACGAUCAACUUAGAAAUGUGAUGAAGAAAGGGGAGGCUUUCAGUGAAUUAACAGAGCAAGAUCCCAAUUUUCCUCCCACUUUUAAAUUUGUCGUGGGAACACCAUUCUACGAUCAUAAGAGACGUCCAGCUUGGUGUGACAGAAUACUGUAUUGUGUAAAUUCCCAUAAUUAUGAAAACGUUACUCUGAAAGUUGACCAAAUGUCUUAUAGAUGUCACCAUUCGUAUACCCUCAGCGAUCAUAAACCUGUAUCAGCGGAAUUUAUUAUCAAAAUUCCUCAGCAAGUGCAUAAAUUGGAUCGUUCCUUACAAAAACCUGUUGCUCAGGUGUUUUCAGAAUAUGCUGAACGUGUGAUCGAAUUCGAAAAGAUUGUUAGUUGGAACGAGCGAGAAGAAAACAAGGUAGUCUACAGGGUGACUAAAGAUAUCUUGCCGACGAAAGAAGAUUGGAUUGGUCUGUUUAAGGAUAAUUUCAGUUCCUUGGACGACUAUAUAACUUACGAAUAUGUAAGCAAAUGUGCUAGUCCUUGUCAGGAUCGCAAAGGAGGUUCCCCGAAAUUGCAGCGGUCCCUCAAAUAUGAAGUCACCUUCUCCGAGUUGCCGAAUCGCUGUAACGGCAAUUAUCGCUUGGUAUAUUUCAGUCAAACUGAAGAUAAAGUUACCAGUGUUUUGGGGUUAAGCGAUCCCUUUCCUAUCGUUAAAACUGGCAGUGAUUGAAUUAUUUAGUAGGAAUUAGUACUGGUUGGUAAUUUUGGAGCUUUGUUAUCUUUAAAUCAGUCUCGUCGUUAUCGGUAAUAAAACGCUGAAGAUUACCUUAGGAUCAACAUAAUCCAAAGGAACCUUUAAUUUUGUAAAUAAGUUGCUAAUUCUGUUUUAAAUAUUUCCAUUAAUGUUUGUCUCACAUUUAA